CGCAGCUUUGUGUUUUUUUUAGCGCAGUGAGUGACGUCAUCGCGGGGCGGAGUUGCGCGGUCCACACGAAGCGAGAGACAUCAGGAGCAGCAGCAUCGUCUGCGCGAGCGGACAUCAUCAGCAGCAGCAGCAAUCAGUGAAGUAAAAACAACAACAACAUCAUCAGCAGCAGCGCCAUUCGCCGCGUCUCCCCAUCCAUCAUCCUCGGACCCGCCUACCUCGUCCACAUCCUCGUCUCAUCCUCCUCGUCUCAUCCUCCUCCUCGGCUCCGUGAUGGACGCCGCCUCGAAGCAGCAGGACGGAGCCCAGCUCAUGGCGGAGGCCGACAAGAAAGUGAAGGGGGCGCAGAGCUUCCUCGGAGGCCUUUUUGGGGGACCGGCAAGACUCGCGGAAGCGUGCGAGAUUUACACGCGUGCCGCCAACUCGUUCAAGAUGGCUAAAAACUGGAGCGGGGCUGGCGAUGCGUUCUGCCACGCCGCACGCCUGCACCUACAGAUGCAGAACAAACACGACGCGGCUGUGAGCUACGUGGAUGCGGGCAAUGCCUACAAGAAGGCCGAUCCACACGAGGCGAUCAACUGCCUCACCCGGGCCAUUGAGAUCUUCACCGACAUGGGUCGAUUCACAAUCGCCGCCAAACACCACAUGACCAUUGCAGAAAUUCACGAGAGCGAGUUGGCGGACGUUGAGAAGUCGAUGGCCCAUUACGAGCAAGCCGCGGACUUCUACAGAGGGGAGGAGGCGAACAGCACGGCCAACAAGUGCCUGCUGAAGGUGGCGGCAUACGCGGCCCAGCUGGAGCAGUACCUCAAGGCCAUCGAGAUCUACGAACAGGUGGGCACCAGCACCAUGGACAGCUCCCUGCUGAAGAUCAAUGCCCGCGAGAGCUUCUUCAAGGCGGCCGUGUGCCACUUCUGCGUGGACGCUCUGAACGCGCAGAUCGCCGUGGAGAAAUACGAGCAGAUGUUUCCUGCCUUCGCCGACUCGCGUGAAUGCAAAUUCGUCAAGAAACUGCUCGAAGCUCACGAGGAGAACAACUUGGAAGCGUUCACCGAGACGGUGAAGGAGUUCGACUCCGGGGCGAGGAUGGACCAGUGGAUGACGACCAUGCUCCUGCGCAUCAAGAAAACCAUCCCGGACGACUCCGAGGGCGACAUGCGCUGAUCGAGCGAGCACGUGCGUGCGUGCGUACGUGCACGCACGCGCGCGACGGCAGCACGGGUCUCCCCCUCCUCCCCCUCCCCCCCCCCCCUUCCCCUCCUCGUGCAUCGUUAGUUAAAAGGCGUUCCCACCUCCCAAGAACCUUCGGCGUCAUUGUGACAGGCGGGGCCAGCAGGGCCCGCGAGCCGCGCCGACGAUCUCCGCGGGCAAAGGGGCCGAAAAAAACCCAGCGGCAGGCGAGCCGACGGAUCGGUGAGUCUUGUCAAGACGAGAAGUGGGGGUUGGACCGCUCGCCCACCCAUCGUCAUUGACACUGCCUCGCAGCGGGACGAGAGUUAACGCCCCCCCUCCCCAUGCAUCGUGCAAUGCGUUUCCGAGCGCGCUUUUGGCUUCGCGAGCGUUUAAUGGGGAGGUUUCGGAAGCUGACGGGGGUAGCUAGCUGCCGGGCCUAAUUUUAUUUGCGGAUUUGCAAAGCAGUAGUAAUUUUGGUGCUUGUUUGCGUCUCAAAUAUUUCGGUAAAUUUUCGAUGAAUUUGCCCGUUUUUUUUAGCUUUCAAGGGUGAAUCCCUAAUAGCAACACAAUGUUGUACAAACGUUUGGGUCAUAUUGGAUCAUUUUUACAAUAAUUAUUGUUUCCCCCCUCCCCGUCUCCAUUAUGUACAGACGGACAGAUAGCACGAAUGCAUAACAAAAAGCUUUCAACCUUAGGUGUGCAAACCA